ACAACGCCCCUGAACUGACCAUGUCGACUCUCACCAGCUCCACCCCAGAAAAUUCCCCUGAGACCACGGUAGCUCUUUUCAGUAUUCAAGACCGAGAUUCCGGGGAAAAUGGAAGAAUGGUUUGUUCCAUUCAGGAUGAUAUUCCGUUUGCGCUGAAACCUUCCGUUGAGAAUUACUACAGGCUGGUAACAGAAGGAGCACUGGACAGAGAGACGACAGCCGAGUACAACAUCACCAUCACCGUCACCGACUUGGGGACGCCCAGGCUCAAAACCGAGCACAGCAUAACCGUGCAGGUCUCCGACGUCAACGACAACGCCCCCGCCUUCACACAAACCUCCUACACCCUGUUCGUCCGCGAGAACAACAGCCCCGCCCUGCACAUCGGCAGCGUCAGCGCCACAGACAGAGACUCGGGCGCCAACGCCCAGGUCACCUACUCGCUGCUGCCCACCCAUGACCCGCAGCUGGCCCUCGCCUCCCUGGUGUCCAUCAACGCGGACAGCGGACACCUGUUCGCCCUGCGCUCGCUGGACUACGAGGCCCUGCGGGCGUUCGAGUUCCGCGUGGGCGCGGCAGACAGAGGCUCCCCCGCGCUGAGCAGCGACGCGCUGGUGCGCGUGGUGCUGCUGGACGACAACGACAACGCGCCCUUCGUGCUGUACCCGCUGCAGAACGGCUCUGCGCCCUGCACCGAGCUGCUGCCCAGGCAGGCCGAGGCGGGCUACCUGGUGACCAAGGUGGUGGCGGUGGACGGCGACUCGGGCCAGAACGCCUGGCUGUCGUACCAGCUGCUCAAGGCCACGGAGCCCGGGCUGUUCGGCGUGUGGGCGCACAACGGCGAGGUGCGCACGGCCCGGCUGCUGAGCGAGCGCGACGCGGCCAGGCACAGACUGCUGGUGCUGGUCAAGGACAAUGGCGAGCCGCCGCUGUCGGCCACCGUCACGCUGCACGUGCUGCUGGUGGACGGCUUCUCGCAGCCCUACCUGCCGCUGCCGGAAGCGGCGCCGGAGCAGGCGCAGGCCGACUCGCUCACCGUCUACUUGGUCAUCGCGUUGGCCUCGGUCACCUCGCUCUUCCUGUCCUCGGUGCUCCUGUUGGUCGCGGUGCGGCUGUGCAGGAGGCGCGGGGCGGCGUCGGAGGGCCGCUGCUCGGUGCCUGGGGGCCGCUUUCCGGGCCACCUGAUGGACGUCAGCGGUACGGGGACCCUGUCCCAGAGCUACCAGUAUGAGGUGUGUCUGAUGGGAGAGUCAGGGACAAAUGAGUUCAAGUUCCUGAAGCCAAUUAUCCCCAAUGGUCUGAUUCAAAAUACGAAGCAGAACUAGAUCAAAAUUUCCAUUCCAUUAAUUGCUUGUGUUUCAUUAACAGAAGAAUGAAAAAUUAGAUUUUAGCUAUGAAAAUUUUUUUUAAAUCAAGAAUCUUCAAUUAAUAUAACAUUUUGUUUAUGUAUUGAUUUUACUUUAUAUGUUGUUAGUUUGUUAAUCCGUGCAUAUUUUUUUU